UAAACGCUUGGUGAAUGCUGCAAAGCAGCAAUGUGCUUGGGUACCCUCCUCUAGUUACUGCAUGGAGAAAUGCCAUAAAACUAAACUGAGGUGCUACAGUCUCAUAGCCUAGGUCAGCAGUUCCAUUCAGACAAGGGAGUGGGAUGGUGGAAGAAGGACUGAUCGUUCCUUCUGUGCCAGCUCACUUGAUAUCAGCCCUGACUACAAAGGAAGGAAAGUCUCUUCCUCCGAGGCCAGCACAGAAAUGCGGUGAGCUGGCAGAUAGACAGGAUAGAAAGUGAACCGCCUUAAAAACUGUUUUCUUCCCGUAUGGCUGUCUUGCUGGCACAGGAUGGGGAUGAGGUGAGGGAAAAGUGGUGUGGUUUGCAGGAAAUGGGCCAUGGGAGUUCCAGGGACUGGAGUAAGAGGCAUGGUUAUCUGGAUUAGGUCUAUGGGCUGGAGAUCCUCCUUGCCUGCCGUAAGGAAAUAUAAUAUGCAAGAUGGGUUAAGAACAGCACCUUACAUAGGCUUCGUUAUCAAUUUUGUAAUAUUCCUUUUUUACUUUCAAAUUCUGAACUGCCUUUCACCUAAACCAAUCCCAGAGCUGAAUCAAUUUAUUACGGUCACAGACCAGAGAUAUGGACAUAUACAGCAACAGAGGACAUGUAAAUAAAAAUAGGUUAAAAUUAAACUCCCUCAGCUAGAACAUGGUAAAUAAUACAGAUGUAAAACCAUUGAAAUAUGUUGUAUCUAGACUUAGUCCUACGUAGAUUAGAUCCCAUUGAAAUAAUUCGUUUUAUUGGAUCUGCUUUUUUAAGUAUGAUGGAGGCUGCAAUCCUAGCCCCACAUAUCUGGGCGUAUGUUCAAUUGAAUUCAGUAGGGCAUACUUCUGAGGAGACACAGUUCAGAUGGUGCUAACAGUUGGGGAGUGCUGACCCUGCCACCGCCAUCUGCCGCCAGAGGCGAUUGCCUCACUUUGCCUAAUGGUAGGGCCAACUCUGCCAAUCGGUUAUCUAUGGAAAUUCGAAAAGCAGGAUGUGAGUGCAAUAUCUCUCUUCCAUUUGUGUUUCGCAGGGACUGCCACACUGCCCCUAAUACUUGAGGUAAUAUAUAAGCCACCAUGACUAGUGGGCAUUGACAAGCCUUAUCCAUAAAUGUAAGUAAUCCCCUGCUAAAAUCGCCUUCCAAUCUGGUGUCCACCACAGCCAUAGUUGUAACUGGGCAGUGUGAGUGAAUAAAUAUUUCCUUUUGUCUGACCUGAACCUUCUGAAAUUCAGUUUUAUUUGGUUGACCCACCAAGUUUUAUUAUUUCUCCAUGUUUGAUUUCAUAUACCUCUUCCAUUAAUUUUCUUUGAGGGGCAGAAUGUUUGAGGAAGGAGAUACUGUAUAUUUUGAGCACCUGCGGAAGGCAUUCCACACAGACACACUUUUGCCGCCACCUCUCAGCGUUCAUGGUUUUAAAGACCAGGCCGCCCAACGCUGAGGGAGCAAGGCAGGUUUCAUGUCCCCAAGUUCAGGGCUUUGUUGUCCCACAGGAAUAAAUUUCCUGUUCAUUUACUGAGGAGAGUGAAAUAGGAAUGUGCAGAGAGACCACUGAUUUCCGUUGGUGACACUACCGUGUGACCAUCUUUUGGAAGCUGGAUUUUAUUUCUCAUUUCAUAUGGCGCUGCUGUAGAGGAAAAUGCCAUUCGCAGACAUAACACUUGAUGUUUCAGUAUCCUCUUUCCUCACGUUAUCCAUUUUUAUCACUUGUCGGGGGAGAAACAAAGCCGCUUCUAUUAUUUCUUCCACUGCUUGAUUUCUCUUUCACCACUGAACUAUCCCAGCAAUUUCAGGAGGCUGGAAUGCCCCGGGAGAGUAAGAAUAGCCGACAAUGGCAGAGAUAAUUCCUGUUGCCUUUUGUCUUCUUGCAGUUGUCGGGGCAGAGGUAAGAGCAAUCAAUAGGACUGUGAAGUUGUGGUAUUUAGCUGGGUCUCCUAAGGAAGGCUCAUUUCUCUCUGCAGAGGAUUUUGUUACUCCUGUUCCUGGCCAGCUCUCGAAUGUUUUUUGCCCUCUCUGUUUAGAUCGCCGUGGUUUUUGAAAAUGCUCAAUUUUUUCGUAUUCCUUCAGUAAGUGGGGGAUCCCUGCAAGUGAGUUCAGACAUGGAAUGUUGGGAUUCAGUCGGCUUUUUAAUCAUUGCUGUCAGCUACAAUGUGACGAUUAUUGGGAAGAUUUGGUUAACUCUUGUGAUCCUGCUGAGGUUUAUGGUGAUAUUCUUAGCAGCCUACCCUCUCUACCAAGACGAGCAGGAACGCUUUGUCUGCAACACUUUACAGCCAGGGUGCUCCAAUGUGUGUUACGACAUUUUUGCUCCCGUGUCCCACUUCCGCUUCUGGCUCAUUCAGACCGUGUCUGUCUUGCUCCCUUACGCCAUCUUUGGCGUCUACGUAUUGCACAAAGUGUGCAGGCAGGUUGUGAAGGCACAUUCCGCAGCCUACCGUCUCUACAAAGAGAUCAAACCUUCGACGGGCGGCAAAGUCGCAAAGAAAUCGUCCAAAGGGAAAAGGAGCAGAGUCGCCCACACAGGAAACGAAAUGGCUGUUCCUGAUUUUUCCAGGGCGUAUGCAGUUCACCUUCUUCUGAGAAUAUUGACAGAGGCCAGUUUUGGAGUGGGGCACUAUUACCUCUUUGGAUUCUUUGUCCCAAGACGUUUCUCCUGCAACCAAGCCCCUUGUUCGAGUUACGUGGACUGCUACAUCUCCAGGCCCACAGAAAAAUCCAUCAUGAUGCUUUUCAUCUGGGGGCUCAGCAGCCUCUCAUUCUUCCUCAGCCUUGUUGACCUGGGCUUUGCCUUCCGAACCAACGCUGUGAGGAAUCGGAGAAGGAAGCUGCUGUCAGAAAGUUUUGCGGUCGGAGAGAAAUGCAGUCCUGGCCUGCUGCACCAAGGGGACAAGCUAAGCAACGAUUUGCUGGGGGGCCAAGGCAACACAGCCGUCAUUGACAACUGCAGCAACUGCUUGCUUGGCCGAGAGGUGAAGGAAGUGUGCUCCUUUCAAGCUGUGUUCAAUCCUCAGCAAAAAAAUGGCCCUAACCUCAACAGCAGCAACAGUAGCAACAAAUCGUGUGUUGGAUCUGCCCACCAAGAGGGGAAAGGGGUGUCUUUCCAUGACAGUGAGCAGCCAGAGAUCUCCUGUGAGCAAUUGAGAUUUGAGCAGCCGCCAGGCGUUCUCAAAGGAGCGUUGGUUUUUAAAACCCUGGACGGGUGCCGCUAUGGAGCCCAUUCGCCUGCAAGUAGCCACAAGCCCUCGGUUCAUUAUUCUUCCCUUGAGAGAAAGGCUUCUGAUGUCCAAUCUGUCUGCAGCAGUGCUGGCUGCUCCAGAUCCAAAAAAUCCGAAUGGGUGUAAAAUGUCAGAAUAGAGUGGCAGAAAAACUACUACCAAAUACUGCCAGUCUAAAGAACAGUGUAGGAAUAGUCUCCUUGGUUGAAUAUACGUAUUGCCGUUCUGUGCAUGCAGCUAGAUGGUUGUGUUUUUUUUUGCUAGGGAGACUCGCUAAUGAAGUGUACAUGCAUGCUACAUCUGGAGGUGCUUAUUUAUAAAUUUUGGCCACAAGCACAGAGUAUCUAAAGCAAAAGCGGAAAUAACUAAAUCUUCCCACAUGUUUGCAAUUGGAUGAGGGGGGGGGCAGCAAGGCUCUGGUUGCUGGAUGUGGCCCCUCCAUCAACUGGCCACCCAAUCUGCAUCGGGAAGAAGGUCUGAGGAGUGGAUCCUGCUCUGCACAAACCGGCUUCUCAUGCUGUUUAGAACCCUGUGCGGUUGGGGUACAGAGUCACACAGGGAACCUGUGCAUGUUGAUGGGGCUCCCAUCGUCAGAUCUUUCUCCCAAUGCAUGGAUGGGGGAGUGGUGCUGAUGGGGACCCAAAGUAGAGGUGAGGAGGUAAUCAUAAAAGGGAGAGCCCCUGUUAAGAAUGAAUGAAUGUGCAUUUUUGAGGCAAAAUUCAGGACUCUGAGAAUAUUGGCUUGUGUGUGUGUUUUACAAAAAAACCCUGAACAUGUUUCUGGACUUAAUGAUCACAAGAGAAGCUCUAAAAUGCAGACUGAAAUAUCUGUUGAAUUCUCAGAACUCCAAAGUGGUUUUAACAAGAAUUUCUGUGGUCUUUACUGCUCUGCCUAUCUCUCUCUUUUGCAUCCCCUCCUCUGAAUAGCAGAAAUAGAAUACUGUGGUACCUCUGUUUGCGAACGGGAUCCGUUCCAGAGGCCCAUUCGCAACGUGAAAAGAAUGCAACCCGCAGAGGCGCAUUUGCGCACACACAGGUUGCAAUUCGCCGCUUCUGCGCAUGUGCGUGAUGCCAUUUUGCUCAUCUGCGCCUGCACAAGCGGCGAAACCCAGAAGUAACCCUUUCUGGUACUUCUGGGUCGCCACGAGACAUAACCUGAAAGAACAUAACAUGAAGUGGACGUAACAUGAGGCAUGACUGUUUUUUUGUUUUUUUUCUAAAGCAAAUCCACGCACCAAGACUUGGAUCGUGGAGUCGCAUAGCUUGGAUUCCCCUUGUUCAAGAAGCUGGUUUUAAAAAGGGCCCAUUCACUUUCAAGGAGGGGUUGAGGAGGGGGGUCCCAGGAUGCCUUGAUUCCUCUGAUGGAACUUGCUUGCCUUUUGGUGUGAGAUUUGGCUUAGUUGCAGAGAAGCCAUUGUAAGCAGUACGUUUUGAAUGCUUAGUAGCAGUCCUUUUAUUUUCAGCUUUUGACCAAUUUAGAAGUGUAUACAUGGCAGCAGCUACAAAAGGAAAGUCGGGGGGGGGGGGAGAGAGGAAAUGUCCCAUGUUUGUUUAUGUCCAUUCAUCAUUGCUCAUUAACCAUUAAAAUAUGUGUACAACAUGUGCAUUGACAAAUAUUUCAUUCAUUUCCUGUAUAUUCCGACAUUCACAAUUUCAGAUUUCUUUUAAAAAUAAUGAUUACUAUUUAUUAAAUUUAUAUACUGCCCUUCACCCGCAGAUCUCAGGGCAGUUCACAACAUAAAACAUAUCAUUUCUUCACUCAUUCUGGAAUCACUUAGGUGUCAGAAGACAUACCACUUUGUAUUUUUAAAAAAGAAUAAUUCAUCUUGAAAAGCGUGUGUUCUGUAAAAGUGCACAGAAUGUAGUAGAUCAGAACAGAAUAUGGAUUGCUCCGAACGUCAGUUUUUAUAUUUGAAAGAGAAAGCAUCUAAUCUUCAGCAUUUGUGAAAUGUAUGCUUGAAAGUGUGGAGACAAUGCCUGCUGAAAAAUUCAACAUUUAAGGUUGGUUUAAAAUGUCUAAUGGUCAGAGAUGGGGUUUCAGUGCUCCAAAUGGCAACAUAUAUCUUCCAAACCUGCAUCAUGACAAUUGGUUUGGUUGCAUGACGUCCAACAUUAACAGAAAUAGAUAGUUGUGGAGUGGGAUUAUUCUGAUAGCUCAGCCCUAUCUAUUUUACUCUUGCUGGAAUUUUGGAAAACUUUGCUUCUGAUCCAUUUAUCCCCAAAGUGUGCUAGAAGUACAAUUGCAGGCCUGUCUGUGCUAUUAAAAUGAAAUCUCCCCUUUAGUACAAUCAGGUAAUUGACAUACUACUCUCUAGAAGAAUUUGAAGAGUGUAAGAUUUAAACCUUGGUGUUGCAAAUAAGUCAGUAGAUGUUUAAUUUCAAUGGGUCUACUCUUCGUAUGGCUAUUAUUGGAUUCAACCCUUUACCUCCAUGUUGUCCACCCUAAGAACUAGCAGAUAUCUUAGCAGUGUAGAAGUUAUUGAACAUGUUCUUGCUACAUUGACAACUGGAUGCAUACAAAGGUUGGCCUUGAUAAAUUCUACAGCAUUGCAAACUGCCCAAUGUUUUAGGAUGAGUCUGAUAGACCAGACUGUGAAAGGAUGCCUGGCUUAUAACGGAAGAGUGUAAUCAAAACUCUUCCAGAAAAUCUGGAUGAAUUUCCUGUGAAUGAAAUGGGGAGGCUAUCUCAUUCUGCACAAUUUGAUUUCAUUUUAUUUCCCUUCUCUUUCCUGUUCUCUUAUUAAUCAUUUUAGCUACUGCCUUUUUUUCAGACAAGUGUGGUUUCAAGACUGAACUUGGGUUUUGGUCGAGGGUUACCAGGGAAGGUGGGUAGGAGCUGUGACCCUCUUACGCUUUGCUAAUCUGGUAUUGGGUUGAAAUGCACCACCAUUAAUUCACGGUUUUAAAACAUCAAUGUGAGAUAUUUGUCUUGUAGUGUAUUGGGUAAGGGGUUUAUACAUUUUUUAAACCUCUUUGAGAGUUACUGUUACCUCUAAAAUCAAGAAUAGGUUUUCAUUUCAUUAAGUUAUGGAUGAGCUGGAGAUUUUAG